UAUGCGACGAUGUUCUAGGCGCUACCCCUGGAGACGUUUGCAGCGGUAUGGGAUUCGAGCGUUGUUGCACGUGGGAGCCCAACGAGAAGCGCUGUUGGAUUGUGCCCGACCUGGACCUCUGGAACCACACUCUAUCCCAAGUCUGCGUGGAACUCCGCGAACACAAGUGGGGUGAGCUCACGCUCCAAGGCUACGAGUGGCCUGAGAACAAGGAGAUAUUCUACGACGUUGUUUGCGCCUCGCUGCUCAUCCAUGUGCUGCUGCGCCAACACAGGUGCGUUACUUGCGUCUUCUUGGACAUGUCUGCUAUGACAGUCGAAAGAGACAUCGUAUGGCACGCCCUCAUGACUGGCGCUGAGGGCGUCAAGUGGCUCGAGUACAGACCCUAUAUCGCCGAUCUACAAAGCCGGAGGACAUCGGUCCAGACGACCACGUGGUACCAGGCGGUGGCGACCCUGACGAGCCUCAACAUCCUGCAUCUUUACUGCAUUCACUUCACCGAGGAAAUGGCGCUUACUCUUGGUGGUUACGUAAUGGAAGCAUCUGCGCUCGGUACGCUCAUGUUGAUUAACAUCAAGAGUCUGCAUCAGGGCUGGAACGCUCUCAACUGGAUAUGCAUGCAGGCUGAUGACAACGACGCUGGCGUGUUCCUGGACUGCCUCGCCUUCAACCGCACUUUGAAGGUGCUAUGUGUGCAAGAAUCUUUCCUAGUCGCGCGGAAGGGCCAGGCUCUGGCAGAAGUCGUCCGAGACCACGUGGCACUAGAGAAACUUGAAGUGAGGGGCUCGUUGAUCUGCACUCCAUCUGCUCUGCUGGCAGCGGUGGUUCAGAGCAAAACUUUGACGUCUCUUGCGGUGCACGCAUGCUGGAUUCGUACUAAGGACAUCGAAGCUAUGGCCUCUGCACUGACGCUGCCAGCGCCGUCUCCAGCAUGUGAUGGCGAGGGCGUCACAGAUAUGCCGCCAUCCCCGACAAAUACCAGCCUCAAGGAGCUCAACUUCAUAAACUGUGUGCCUUAUGACUCGCGCCUGCAGCAAGCGUAUGCGGAUCUCAUUGGAGGUGUCCUGGUUCACCUCAGGCUGUCCAAAUGUCGCCUGGGAGAAGCGUUUGCGGUGGCCGCUGCAGCCAAUCUGCUCUUUGACAGGCGAUUGCAGCAUCUGAACGUAGCGGAUAACAAUUUCUCCGUCGGCGCAGUGUACAACAUGAUACUGCCGCUGGAGGUGAACAAGACGCUGGAGGCACUAGUCGUCAACGUGGCAGGCACGCAGCCCCAGGGCGAGCUCUCCUGCAUGUUCGACCUGAUUCGGGAAAUUGACGUCUUCUCUCGCUUGAAAUUCAACUGGAUCCACCCUCGUGGAUCGGAUUUCGCGAAUGGCGUCCGCGCUUCCCAAGCGCCCACCAUUUGGCGAAGUCUGGACGAGUGCGAAGCGAAGGACGCGGAGGAGUUCCUGGAGGCUCUCGUCUCCGCUCGAAGCGUUGGCCUGGCCUUGCUCGAAUGCACAACCCCUGCAAAAGAACGCGUGGUUCAAAAGCUGACCAACGCUCUCGCGAGGAUCAAGUCCCUGAGGAAAGUACCGCUUACUUAUCACAUACGGGAGAGCUCUGGGAACUCUCCUAUUUCACCAUUGAAAUAUGUCAGGCGCAGAUUGGGCAACCGCUUAAUCAAAUUCAAGGCUUAG